UCCUGUCGCCAGGUGAUAUUCCGUCUUCACCAUAUACGAGCUCAAGAGAUAUUUUCUCUCUGGCUACGCUACACAUUAUUUGGUUUUGCCAGAGGCUGAUUCUGUUCGAGGCAUGAUCGUACCGCGCCGAGCACCAGUAAAUGGUGUCCGUCAAUAUGUGACUGCCACCACUUCACUUGCCACUCUGCGAACGGCGCAGUAUGGAAGGACAGCAGCCUACCGAAGGUUAACAGCGUCGGACAAACCCUCAACGCCGCUCAUACUCUCCCAGCACCUCACACCGUUUUCUCCUCGACUCACACCCUCGAAUCAGACUCUGUUACGAUCUCUACAUAACUCCCGAGCACAAUACCAACAAGCACAGCCCAAAGAAGAAUCAAAAGAAGAAGUCCGAGAUCCUCCGCGGGACGAAAAGGCGGAGAAGGAGUCUAGUGAAGAGAAGCAGGAGGGCGAAGGUGAUAAGAAGAGAAAGGGCGAGAAAGGCGAAAAGGACGAUAAACCCCCUCCACCUCCCCAUGGAGACAAAACACCAUGGCAGGUCUUCACGGAGACACUGCGGACCGAGUUCAAAGCCUCCAAGGAGUGGAAUGAAUCUACCAAGGAACUAUCCGGCUCUGUACAGCAGUUCACCGAAUCUGACGCUGUGAGAAAGGCACGCGAGGCCUCCGAAGCCGCCAGCAAAGGCACGUCACAAGUGUUGAAGAGCACAGGUCGUGCAAUUGGCCAAGGCGCUGCCUGGACCUGGGACAGUAAUGUGGUCCAAGGCAUCCGAAAAGGCGUCAACGCGACCGGUCGUGGAAUCGAACAAGUCACUCGACCAGUUCGAGAGACAAAGGCCUUCAAGGAUUUAUCCGAGGCUAUCGAUGAUGGAAGCAGUUCGAGAUACGGUGGAUGGGUAGAAAAGGAAGAGCGACGGAAGAAGAGGGAAGCUCAACUGCUAAGAGAAGCGGGUGGUAAGCCCGUGGAACCAAUGGUGGAAGAUCCCAAUGCUGGAACCAACAUCACAGUCCACAAAGAUUCAGCCUUUAAAGAAUCCUGGAACCAGUGGAAGGAGAACUCCAAGUUAAUGCGAGGCCUUUUCAACAUGAAAAACACAUACGAAGAGUCGGAAAACCCCAUAAUAUCAACAGCUCGAGGCAUUGCCGAUCGGGUGGCCGGUUUCUUUGCCGAGAACGAAACCGCAAUGGUCAUCAAGAAGUUCCGUGAAAUGGAUCCCAACUUCCAACUCGAGCCUUUCCUGCGAGAUCUGCGCGAAUAUGUUCUUCCCGAAGUCUUGGACGCAUAUGUCAAGGGCGACGUGGAAGUGCUCAAAACUUGGCUAUCUGCGGCACAAUUCCAGGUCUAUUCUGCUCUGAUGGAGCAAUAUACAAAAGCUGGCUUGAAAUCAGACGGACGGAUUCUGGAUAUCAGACAUGUCGAUAUCCUGAAUGCUCGAUUAUUGGAACCAGGUGACAUUCCUGUGUUCAUCAUCACCUGCAGAACACAGGAAGUGCACGUAUAUCGCAAUGCGAAGACGAAUGAUUUGGCCGCUGGUAUGGAAGAUAAAGUCCAACUGGUGACAUAUGCCAUUGGAAUGACCAGACUGCCGGAAGAGGUCAACAACCCGGAGACAAGAGGAUGGAGAAUGAUUGAACUGCAAAAGGCAGCCAGAGACUACAUCUGAUAUCGUUCAUCAGAAAGUGUGCCAGCAUUUAGCGAGCAUCAUCGGGACGAGCAAUGUCCUUUCCUUUGUGUCUCUUGGGGACCAACUCACCUCGGUCGCGGCAUUUUAUUCUUGGGUCUGUUUACAAAAGGGCUGGAUGGGACUCUUCUAUGGAAUGUAUUUAUACAGCCGGGAUACUUGCGACGAGAUCUGCAUGAUCUCAUUGGCGGGAGUCUCGAACUGAACGCUGGGGAGCGAUGUGUUUAUAUCAGGGGAUGGAGCUGCAUCAUGGCUGCUAACAUGUCCAGCCUCAUGUUGUGUGGUUGAUCAACCCAAUAUUUGAUACAUAAUUCUUCUCAUGAAUCUCGACCAAAUCAAAAGCAUGAACCACUGUUUUUUUAGUCUUUCUCGAGUCAAGAUCGAUCAG